AUGGCUGUACCCUCCGCUCCUGCCAAUAACCUAGACAAACGGUCUAUUACCUGCCUCACAGUCGGGGAAUCAGCAACGGCGACCUGGACCAAUAGCGCCGGGCAAACCUGUACUUUUGUCGGAGUGGUUGGGAGCAAUUAUGGUGCCAACAGCGCAGGCAAUGGGGACUACUCUUGCAACGGCCGUUGUGGUGCAGGUUGCACCGGCACCGCGCUAGGGAACGUAUACACACAGGACUGCUUCUCUCAUGACAUCUGCUCAUAUUUCGAAAAUGCUAGUGGAGUGAUCCAAACUGCGGUGAUGCUUACAAUGCAGCCGUUGACGAUACCGCGGGAGGACUUGUCGCUGGCUGCUCGCAGACGAAUCCUACCAACUCGGUGUCUCCGCCGAAUUCCAGCCCUAUUUGUUCUUGAUAAGGCUGUUGUUUUUCAACGUGGCUAG